AAAAUAUAGGAGAUCUUCCUUUGAAAAGUAUUCCAGUCUGCUUGAGCUGGAAAAAAAUUAUCUUGAUUAAAAAAUGCCUUUGUGAUUACAUAUUUAGAUAAUUUUACAAGGCAAAGUAUUGCCCAGCGAGAAGAAAUCAGCAUUCUUGGUGCAACCCUCAACGAUAUGGCUAAAGAAAAGGAAUGCCUGCAAGCAUGCUUGGAUAAAAAGUCGGAGAAUAUUGCAUCCCUUGGAGAGAGUUUGGCAAUGAAAGAAAAGACCAUUUCAGGCAUGAAGAACAUCAUUGCUGAGAUGGAGCAGGCAUCAAGACAGUCUACCGAAGCGCUAAUCAUGUGUGAACAAGACAUUUCCAGGAUGCGUCGGCAGUUGGAUGAAACAAAUGAUGAACUGGCUCAAAUUGCCAGGGAAAGAGAUAUCUUGGCUCAUGAGAAUGACAGUCUCCAAGAACAGUUUUCCAAAGCCAAACAAGAGAACCAGGCACUGUCUAAACAAUUGAAUGAUACUCAUAAUGAACUUAAUGAUAUAAAACAGAAGGUCCAAGAUACUAAUUUGGAAGUUAACAAGCUGAAGAAUAUAUUAAAGUCUGAAGAAUCUGAGAACCGGCAAAUGAUGGACCAACUCCGAAAAGCCAAUGAGGAUGCUGAGAACUGGGAAAAUAAGGCCCGGCAAGCUGAGGCGGACAACAAUACCCUCAAACUGGAACUUAUCACCGCUGAGGCAGAGAAUAACAGACUAAAAGAAAAGAUAGAUGCCCUCAGCAGAGAGGUAGAGCAGCACUUAAAUGCAGAAAGGUCUUACAAGUGCCAGAUUUGUACCUUACAUAAAUCUCUUGUGAAGAUGGAAGAGGAGCUUCAGAAGGUUCAGUUUGAAAAGGUGUCUGCCCUUGCAGACUUGUCUUCUACAAGGGAACUUUGUAUUAAACUUGACUCAAGCAAAGAACUUCUUAAUAGGCAGCUGGUUACUAAAGAUCAAGAAAUUGAAAUGAUCGAGAAUGAGUUAGAUUCUGCUCGUUCUGAAACAGAACUCCUCAGGAGUCAGAUGACAAAUGAGAGAAUCUCCAUGCAGAAUCUAGAAGCUUUGCUGGUGGCCAAUCGGGACAAAGAAUAUCAGUCUCAGAUAGCGCUUCAAGAAAAAGAAUCUGAAAUUCAGCUUCUUAAAGAACACCUAUGUCUGGCAGAAAAUAAAAUGGCCAUCCAGAGUAGAGAUGUGGCCCAGUUCAGGAACGUCGUAACGCAACUGGAAGCUGAUUUAGACAUUACCAAAAGACAGCUAGGGACCGAGCGCUUUGAAAGGGAGAGAGCUGUGCAAGAGCUUCGCCGCCAGAAUUACUCAAGUAAUACUUAUCAUUUGAGUUCUACAAUAAAGCCAAAUAUAAAAUGUCAUUCACCAGAACGAGCUCACCAUCGAUCACCUGACCGAGGCCUGGAUCGAUCACUAGAAGAGAAUCUUUGCUAUAGAGAUUUCUGACAUGCAAAGAGAUUCUUCACAUCCUUGGGAAAGGUCAAAAUGUCACACUGAUUUUUUUUUUGCUAUAUGAUUGCA